AUGGAGGCAGAGGAGCGGCCCACGAAGCUCCAGAAGCUACACCACGACUCUGAGUCCGAACCAGCCACCUUCGCACCGCCAGAACAGCCCACCAACGGCACCCACAAGGACGACAUGGACGGUCAAUCAGCUCCACAAACCCCUCAAGACGCCGAAGAGCCCGCCCUACCCUCCGCCCCAGACACCAAUCUCCCUGACCCCGAACAAGAACCCCCAAAGCUCUCCAAAAACCAAGCCAAAAAGCUGCGUCGCCAACAAGAAUGGGACGCCGGCCGGGACGCGCGCAAAGCAAAGCGCAAAGAGCAGAUCAAAGCUAAGAAGGAGCGUAAGCGCGCCGCCAUCGCCUCAGACGCCGCCAACGGCACCAGCACCGCAUCCACACAAUACAAAAUCAAACCUCAACACCCUCACGCCCAACAACUCCCCAUAACCUUCGUCUUCGACUGCGACUUCGACGACCUGAUGCAUGACAAGGAGCUGAAAUCGCUGGGGUCGCAGCUCACAAGGAGUUAUUCCGACAACAAGAAUGCGCGGUUUAGGGCGCAUUUGGCGGUUGCGAGCUUUGGGGGUAGGCUGAAGGAAAGGUUUGAGACGGUGUUGGCGCGGCAUCAUGAGUCGUGGAAGCGGGUGAGGUGGUUCGAGGAGGACUUUGCUGAGGUUGCUGAGAGGGCGAAGGAGUGGAUGCGUGGGCCUGGGGGCGGGAAGGUGGCGGGUGCGUUGGUGGGUGCAGUUGGAGAGAAGCGUGCUCCAAUAAUUGUGGAUACUGAGGACGCAGGCGGAGAUGAUGUUGGUGGAGAGAUGGCUGAAGACCCUCCAACAGCGCCCGCAGGUACAGAGUCGAAUCCGGACGCUGAUUCGGGUGCCAAUACAAACGCCCGGACACUUGAGAACGAGGGCGAAAUCAUAUAUCUAUCCAGCGAAAGUGAACACACGUUGACCGAACUCAAGCCACACAGCACGUACAUUAUCGGUGGACUGGUAGACCACAACCGGCACAAGGGCAUAUGCUACAAGAGAGCCAUGGACAAAGGCAUCAAAACUGCCAAAUUGCCAAUCGGCGAGCUCUUGCAAAUGGAUAGUCGGAAGGUACUCGCUACGAACCAUGUUUGCGAGAUUAUGCUCCAGUGGCUAGAGCUGGGCAACUGGGGUGAGGCGUUUAUGAGAGUCAUCCCGAAGCGGAAGAAAGGGGCGUUAAAGGGAAGUAAAGGCGCCGGCGCUGCGAAGGAGAGUGGGGCUGCCACAGAGACCAACGAGCAAGGGCUGGAGGAUUCGGACGCGGAGGGCCAAAGCCAGCAGGAGGAAAGCAGCGACGAUGGAGGGGUAUCUCUAUCUACUAAUGGAGAGCAGCGGGUAGAAGCCACGGAAUGA